AUGCUCGCGGCUCUGCUGGUCAUCCUCAACCACCUCUGCCUCCAUACCCUCUGGCAGGUUCAGGCUGUUCCUAUCCUGCCCUUGGGCCUGGCCCCAGAUGCCUUUGAUGAUGCCUAUUUAGGCUGCUCAGAGGAGAUGGAAGAGAAGGCAGCCUCUCUGUUAAAGGAGGAGAUGGCUCACCAUACCCUGCUCCAGGAAUCCUGGGCGGCAGCACAGAAGGCCUGGGAACACCGGCGUCGAGGGCUCACUCUACCCGCUGGCUUCAAAGCCCAGCAUGGAAUAGCCGUUAUGGUCUAUACCAACUCAUCCAACACCUUGUACUGGGAGCUGAACCAGGCUGUGCGGACGGGAGGUGGCUCCCGGGAGCUGUACAUGAGGCAUUUCCCCUUCAAGGCCUUGCAUUUCUACCUGACCCGGGCCCUGCAGCUGCUGCGGGGCAGGGAAGGCUGCAGCAGGGAAGCUGGGGAGGUGGUAUUCCGAGGCGUGGGCAGCCUUCGUUUUGAACCCAGCAGGCUGGGAGAUUCUGUCCGCUUAGGCCAGUUUGCCUCCAGCUCCCUAGAUGAGGCGGUGGCCCGCAGGUUUGGUAAUGCCACCUUCUUCUCUCUAAGGACUUGUUUUGGGGCCCUUAUCCAGCCCCUGUCUGUCUUCCCUGAGGAACGUGAGGUGCUGAUUCCCCCCCAUGAAAUCUUCUUGGUCACUGGGUUCUCCCAGAAUGGAACCCGGAGCCUAGUGUCUCUCUGGAGCCAUAAUCAGACCUGCAGCCACUUUAACUGCGCUUAUUUGGGUGGGAAGAAGAGGCGGGGCUGUGUGUCUUCGAGAGCAGGGCAGCCAGAGCCACCCUUUGAGGGGGCUUUCUCUCUGCACUCCUGGAAGACCCUACUCUUGACCCCUGGGGGGUUCCAGCUCUCAGGAGCUGGGCCCUGAAAGUCCCAACACCUGCCACUUAGGGAUCUUGGGAACCUGUGAUUUUCCUGUGAAGAAGGGCAGCUUUGAACAGCCUCGUGAAGCAAGAGCAUGGUCUUGGAGCCAGCCCUGGCUGCC